CGAAGUGAAUGUGUUUGAAAUUGGCGCGCGCGUAUUUGAACGAAAUAAACCGGCUGAAAAAAAUAAAAAAUAAAGGUAUGCAAAUAGGUAGCAAUGCACAAAUUGCAAGACAAAAAUGUCGCUGCACUGAUAAGGAAACUGUAAAAAAAAAUUGUGUAAAAUGCAUGCAAGUAAACAAUGAAUUCGAAGCCUAAAAGUAUUUGUGUGAUUGAAUUGGCUGACGGCGGCAAAGUGCAGUGAAAAACGAAGCUGGUGAGUUGGAGUUUCUCGUGCAGCGAACAAAAAAAAAACAAAGAAAAACAAAACCAGUGCCGGUGUAAUAAUGAAAUUGAGCUGCCCGCCUUAACAACAACAAUUAAAGCAGUAGCAGUAGCGGUGGCUUGUAAACGUAAUUUAUGGACCUUGAUGAGUUGCUAAUUGAAUUUGAUAAAAUGUGUAAAUUGGUGUGAAAUGUGACAGAAAGUGAAGAUAAAAAUUCGAUUUCAUUUUAAUUACUUACAAUUAAUGUGUGUGCAAGAGAUACCAGUGCAAUGGUAUAAAGUUUUAAGGCAAGCUGAAAAAGAAUUAUAAUCAACUUAGUUAAUGACACAAAACGACUUUCGUGAUUGAAGCGGCAGAUUGAUGUGGGGAACGAUACAUACAAGUGAAAAAUAAAAUAAAAAUUGAAAUAAUUACAACAUUUUGCAGCUGUUGCAGCCGGUCUUCAAGGAGAGGCAAAUUUUCAUUGACAACAAGCGCAAUUAAAGUGCCAAACUCUCCGGCUUCGUUUGCUACAACCACCAACUGACAAAGUUGGUCCAUAAAAACUUAGCCGGAUAGCAAUAUAAAUUAUGCGCCUCUUCAAGACACGCAAGUCUAUCGACACAUUUGGCAGCAGCACCAACAACACAGCAAUAACCUCACCACACCAGCAACAAUUUAAUUCCGCUGCGUCAACGGCGACGCCUACCCCAAACGCCGCAACAUGCGCCGUCAAAUUCAGCAAAACCAUCGCCGGCAGCACUUCCAUUUCAUCCUCUCUUCCCGAUUUGCAUGAUUCGCCCGUUAUGAUUCUUAGCUGCACCAAUCUGAGCGCCAGCCACACACCCACACCACGCACGCCCACCAGCGUCGGUGUACUCAGCCCCAGCAAUAGUGGCGCAUCGACACAAACUCAUUCACCUGCCGCUGGCGGUGGCUACACGCACACCUACAGCAGCCUUAACAGUAGUGGCCGCCAAACACCGUCGGCACUUUCGGUGGCUUCGCUCAAUGAUGCCGCACUACAGCGGCUGCACCAUCACCAACAGCAGCAGCAGCAACAGCGGCAGCAGCAUCAGCAUCACAGCGCUGCACAACUAUUUCAAAAUGGCAACAUUUUUUUAAAAACUAACAAAUUUUCCUCAGGCCAUUUGCCCAAUUAUCAACUGGUGACCGCUGUGCCCGUUGUCAUUUUGGACGAUGAGAAAAAGUUCACUUCAAGCAGCGCAACGACCACAGCAAACACUGCAACGAGCACAACAGCAGCCAUGACAACAACAACAACAACAACAACAAGCACAGCAAGCUCAGCGAGCACAGCUACGAACAGCGCAACAAGAAAUGUCUUCACCUGGGGCAAGCGCAUGAGCCGUAAGCUGGAUAUAUUGAAGCGCAGCGACACCACCAACACGCACAAGUCGCACACCGAUCUUCGUUCACUCUUUCACACAUCCACACACAACAACAAUAACAAUGACAACGUCAAGGACAACUAUCAGACGCACACAUUAAAGAAAUGCAAAUCCGGACCUAUCGAGACGAUAAAACAGCAGCAGAAGAACCAACAGCAGACGCAUGAGCAACAACAAAGCCGACAACCCAAACAGCAACAACAAAAUGGCCACAUACACCAGAAGCAAGAGAAAUCGAAGGACGCCAACGCUGGCAACAACCAGCAGUCAACACCAACACAACCGAACGCGCAACACCGCUCACAGAAAGCUAUCAAAAAUUUCUUCCACCGCAUCGGCUCUACCGGCAUGCUCAACCACAAGUCCCACAAUCUGAUUAAGGCCGCCGAACCGAGCGGCUCGACUGCAAGCAAUUUGUACCGCAGCAGCUCCACUAGUCAGCUGACCAGCUCGUCAUACAUCAAGUGCGACGAUCCGACGGAGGGCCUGAACUUGGCCAACAACCGGCAGGGCAAACUGCAAAAGGGUGCCACGAACGCAGCAACAAAUCUGAAGUCGAGCAGCUGCGAUGACAUCGCCAAAGUGGGCACAUGCACUUCGCCGAGUGGGGAAGCCACAGCGACUGGCGUUCAGACGCAAGGUGUGGCCUCCCAGUCCGGCGUUGCUGGGCAAGAGUCAUCUAAUCGACGCGGCGCUUUCCCUUACGCCUUUCUACGCUCGCGCCUUUCAGUGUUGCCUGAAGAAAACGGCGGUUCGGUGAUGAAGCAGCCAUCACUGUGCAGUUUGCACACAAUCGGCGCUGGUGGUGUGCAAGAGAUGCCGCAUCCAUCUGCGCAGUACCUACAGGUGGGUCAGCAGUAUUCACCAGUUCCACAGCAUCGCAACUCAACACCGUUGCUGCCCAGUGAAGCCGCAGCGUUGGCCGAAGGCGCCAUGGACUCUAUAUCGCUGGCAAGCACUUCUCCAAAUCACCAACAGAAGGUGAUUUAUCGGAAUGGCGCGCUGAUCAAGCGCUACUCCUCGGACGACAGUGCGAUCAGCAACUGUUCGCCACAGCAGACGUCCGGCACUGGCGGUAUGAUGAUUAGCGGCGGCGUUGGCGAGGUAUUAGUGUCGCGCAACAAUAGCGUCUCCUCCAAGGACUGGGAACCACUUUACCAAAGAUUAAGUAGUUGUCUGAGUUCGAACGAGUCAGGUUACGACAGUGACGGGGGAGGUGGCGGUGGCGUAGGCGUGGGCACCAAUAGCGUCAUCGUAGGAAGCAGUGAAAGCGGGUGCGGUAGUGUUAUUUUCGUUGGGAACACCACGAAUGUACAACUGCUGGGCAAUAAUCUUGGUAUCUCCUGUGGAGAUACAGAAUCUAUUGCGUCGGGUACGCUAAAGAGGAACUCGCUGAUUUCGCUGACCUCAUCCGAGAGCGGUGUGGGAUGUGGCGGUAUACGUAGUAAUAGCAUAUGCAGCACGGCGAGCGGCUCAGUCUCAUUGGGUGGCUACAAUUACGACUACGAGACGGAGACCAUACGCAGACGAUUCCGGCAGAUAAAGUUGGAGCGAAAGUGUCAGGAAGACUGCAUUGGGCUGGUGUUGUCACCGAAGACUGUCAUGACCUCAACGAACGAACAGCAGUACCGUUACCUGAUAGUGGAGAUCGAUCCGUACGGCAUGGCCCAGAAAGAUGGCCGCCUGCGCUUGGGCGACGAGAUUGUCAACGUGAACGGUAAACACUUGCGUGGCAUGCAGUCCUUCGCCGAAGUGCAGCGCCUACUCUCGACGUUCGCGAACAACUGCAUCGAUUUGGUGAUCGCACAUGACGAGGUCGCUACAGUCACUGAUUUCUAUACGAAAAUCAAAAUCGACGGCAGUUCAGCACAAGCAUACAAUUCCCUGCAGUCUCUACAUGCCGGUAGUAGCGAACCAGCGCCAGCGUCGGCGCCGCCCUCAGCCAACCCACAGAGCGAGUAUAUGGCGCGCGCGCGCAAGCGUCUCAGCUAUACGCAGCGUACUCAGAGCACGGACAGCAUCAACAGUUAUGAUCUACAUAGCCUGCAGUUGGCGCUGGAGAACGAGCAGACACGGCAACGAGAAACGCGACGUCCAUCCUCCGAUGUAGUGGACUCCGCCGCCAGUGAGCUGGAUGUGGAUGAUGAUGCGCGCUCACUGGCCAGUGUGGCGACAAUGCAUUCGCUCAGUUCGAUGCCAACGCCCAUGCCGCUGAUGCAGCAUAGACGUUGCUCCACACCGCGGCACUCCAUGGAUGUAGCGGCUUGUAGUGGUGAGUUUGUAGCCGAACAUACGCGUAGACGCGCGCGCUCAUCCUCCGGGCAACGCAAUCUCGAGCUGACGCCGCUGUGCACCGCAAACACUGAGUACACGCCGGUGUAUGCAAACCGCGCGUCCAGCAUUUCACUGGCCACGCACACGAUCAGCGACGAUGAGAAGUGGCAGCUGUUGACACGCAAGCGCUGCUCUGAGGGCGCGGCGCUACUGCGCGUUCAACAGCAAUCGCAGGACGAGCUGCUGGCAGGUUGUGGACGCGUGGCGGGCAAUCGUAGUGCGUCGCUGACUUAUGGUACGCCUGCGCCAUCGACGACGAGUACAUUUGCGGAUGCUGCCGAUGGUUCAGGCGAUCAACAGCGACCGCAACCGCAACCAUUUCCUUCGCGCACGCAUUACACGCGCAACUCCAUCAACCUGUCCAACUCGCACUAUCGUUCGCUGCGGUUUGCCCAUUCGCGGCUCAGCUCGUCGCGUCUGAGUUUAUUUAUACAGCCACAGCCACAGCCACAGCCAAGUGGCGGCGGCGGCGCUACCGUUGAGGCCAAUAGACUAACAACCACAGCAACAAAUAACAAUAACUGUAUUUACCAAAACUCCAAAGCCACUAAUAGUACAAAUAAUACUAAAACACAAACAACAAUAAACGCGACGCCGACUACAACAAAGACGGCGGUAGCAGCAGCGGCAGCGGCAAUGACAGCAACGAAGGUGGCAACAACCAGUACUGUGGAUGCGAAGACCUCAGGAAAGUGCGCCAAUACCACCGACGAUGAUGUGAGCAGCCAGCGAAGGCAACAACAACAACGACGAGCGUCCUUCGAUCUCACUAACAACACUAAUACAAAUGCUAAUACUUAUCAUCUCAUAUCUUACCAACAACAACAACAACACCACCAAAACCAACAGCAACAACAACAACAACAACAACAACACAACCAGCGACACCCUGCAACGCAAUCACAUUUGUAUCAACAACUUUUAACUGUACCAACAUCUUCUAUGCCAACAGCAUUAACCGCUUCGAAUAAUUCGACUACAAAAACCACAACAGCGGCAACAGGUACAAAGCCUCUAACAACAACCAGCUGCCUUAACUCAUUACAAUAUCAUCGCCCUUCAUUGCCCGCCGCAAAACUAACAAUACGCGACGAAGAAAUGGCCGAAGUCAUACGCGCCUCGAUGAGCGACGGUUCCAGCCGUUGUACAACACAAAAGACUAUAACGUAUUUCAAGGGACCCGGCAUGAAAUCACUGGGUUUUAGCAUUGUUGGCGGACGUGAUUCACCUAAAGGCAAUAUGGGUAUUUUCGUUAAGACCGUAUUCCCAUCCGGGCAAGCGGCCGAUGAUGGUACGCUGCAGGCGGGCGACGAGAUUGUCGAAAUUAAUGGCACGUCCGUGCAAGGUAUGAGCCACGCGGAAACAAUACGCCUAUUCAAGGAUGUGCGUGAGGGUGCUAUAGUGCUCAAGGUGCUGAGGAGGAAGUUACAAAAGGCUAAAUCAAUGGGCGCGUAAGAUGAAUUUUUGGAGAAAAACAGAAGUCAAAGGACAUCCUAUUAUAUCGGACGGACGGACGGACGUUUGUUCAAGCUACAACAAAAAGUCUUCGCUAUGUAAAAUAAGUAAUUAUAAGCAAAUGUAAUUUAAGAACUAAUUUAUAUGUAUGUAAUUUAAUUGUGAAAAUAUUUUUAUAAACACAGAAUGAUUUAAAAAAAUAAGCUAAUUUAGUUGUGAGCUCGACUUUCAUGUUUAGUGUUAAAUGUAAAAUAUAUGUAUAUUCAAAAAAAAAAAAGUAAUAUAUAUAUAUAUAUAUGUAUAUAUAAAUUUUUUCGUUGUUGUAAAAAUUACGCACACUACUAAGAUUUGUCGUGCAAAAUUUCAAUGUAAUACCAGUUUCGUGUUUAAAAAAUGCUAGCUUUCACGCCAAAAGUAAAGUGUUGUUCAGUAAAAAUAAUGAAUAUAUGUAUAACUAUAAAUACGUUAAAUACAAUAAAAAUUAUGAUUUUCAAGGCUUUGCCAAUUAUAUAUAAGUGUAAAUAAUUAAAAUUUUAAUAAAAAAUGGACAUGAAAUAUAACCAAAGCAGUGUUUUUGUUUAAAUUAAGUUGG